GUGCCCCACCCCCUCUGGCCGCCGCCAUUGCUCCAUGUGGGAGCCGGCAGCUGGGAGGAGGUGACGGUCCGCCCGCCCGCGGGGGGAGAUGUUAGCGGCUCUGGGGAGAGGGGCCGGGACAGCCUGGGGCCUAGUCAGGAGAGAGUUGCGAACAUUCUGUGCAUUACGUGCCCUGAGGACCAGUGCCUGCAAUCAUGACAGCCUGACGACACCACCCCUCGACACCGCCCCCAAAGAAUACUCACCAAAGAUAAAGCAGCUGGUACAGGAAAUCGCGAGCUUGACCCUUCUGGAAAUCGCUGACUUAAAUGAACUGCUUAAGAAAACAUUGAAAAUUCAGGAUAUCGGAAUGAUGCCGAUGGCGGGACCGGUAACAGCCGCUCAGCCAGAUUCCCAGGCAGACGAAGAGGCUGCCCAGGUGAAGAAGGAGAAAUCCCUUUUCACUGUGAAACUGACGGAGUUUAAAGCAGCAGAGAAAGUGAAGCUCAUUAAGGAAGUCAAGAACUGUAUCCCUGGCCUCAACCUGGUGCAGGCGAAGAAACUGGUGGAGUCUCUUCCUCAAGAGGUGAAGGCUAAUGUUGGGAAGGAGGAAGCAGAGAAACUGAAGGCAGCUCUUGAGGCAGCGGGAGGAACUGUUCAGCUGGAAUAACGUGCUGGCAGGUUACCAUGGAGACUGGUCACCAGGCCUUCCUCAGCCCUGCCUCUGCACUGACUGGUGCCCUGGAGCUGCUGUAUACUGUCAUGGGACUUACUUUACAGUGGGGAGUGUGGUUUGACCAAGAUAUUGUUUGUACAUGUGUGUGUCUACAUAUUGUGAUUUUAUACCGCUGCCUGAAGGUGCAGUUAAUAGUCAGAUAGGACUUAGCGGUUUUGUAAAUGCUCCCCCCAUACAAAACCUGGAAUACAGAUAUAAUCAAUGGAAUCUCCGUGUACAGCAAUGAUUAUUCUCGCCCAUCAUUAAAUGAUGCAAAGAAAGAAA